AUGGUAAGCCUUGUGGCAGAGGAUGCCUUCAAAGCUGCGGAGGCAUAUUUCGACAGGACUGGCAUUCGGACAUUUUUGACUGAGAUCUUAGUCGAAUUGGGGCGGGACCAACCCCCAAAUCCACUGGCAACCAUCCGCUUGCACCUGGAAAGGGCCGAGAACGCGCAGGUGGUGAGAACUGUCUCAGAUACGGAUCGCGGAGCUCCAGGAAAUCCAAAAGGUCAAGGGGAGGAUACCAAGGACACCGAAAGCGCCACCAACGCUGUACACGAGGAUGUGGAUUUAUUGGAUGUGCAUCGGCCUGCAAAGCCCAGUUCGUGCCAAAUGCCCGUGGUUGAGAAAUGUGGAACACCCGAGACAGAGGAGCACGACGCUGAUGGAAGCCUCCUGCAGGUGGAGGUUCUGAGACUCUUGGCUGACGAGGGCCUGGCAUCUUCCAAACAGGGGCCAGGUCGUGUUUGGGGCGGAGGCUUCAACCGGGAUGUCCUGGAGAGCUGGGUUGCCUCGGCUGCAGUUCGCCGUACCGCGUGCACAGAGCUGAAGUUCUCUGAAUUUGGUGCAGCGAGCAGAGAAGAGGUUCCUCAGCCCUCACCUUGUUGCGCUGCCGCGUCUGUGGCUGGCGCUUACAACUCUCUCUGGCAUUUGGACCGCGAUUCCGCUGGUGCCUGUGCUGCCCUUAGUGCUCAGAUUUGCAGGGGUGGGAUGCAUCGAGACUGCCACAUGUUGCUCAGAGGUACGAUACGCGAGGUGGCCAACAUUAUGGCGGAGAACAAGCAGCAUGUCCUGGCCAAGCAGCAGCAGCGCAUCGCUCCUUGGCAGCACGAGGAGAGACUCCUGGGCGUGGCCGAGGGAAGCAUGGAGGCCUACUAUGUGGCCUUGGACGAGCACUUGGCAGCCAAAGGCUUGAGCUGGACAGGUGAAUUGCUGGCUAUCCGUUCUGCAGAGACGAAGCGGACAGAGUCAAGAGAGUCUCCAGUGCCGACCGAAGAGCAGCUGCUCGCACAGCCGCUCUGCGAUGGUGACGAGACGGAAGCUGCAGGCGGAGCUCCAGCGGAUGCACCUGACCUCGCAGACGCCGAGGCAAUCCGAAUCCGCGAAUCCGCCUGCCAUUCCGGGUUUGUCGACAUGGCAGCGUGCCAGGGCCAGGGCCAGGUGGCUUCCAAGUGUGCUUUGGUGACUGAUGUCUUCGCAGCCCUCUCGGAAGUCCUGGGCGGCAGCCAAGAGCCAGAUGAAGAAGAGACGAAGGAUGACGAGAAGGUGUGCGAGCUGGUACAGGAUGACCCAGCAAUCAAAUGGAAGAAGGAAAUGUCGGAGCUAUUCGGGGCUCGAAAAGCAGUGUUCAGGCAGAACUCAGGGCUUCGGGCAGAGAGACCCAACACGUCGGAAGUUGGCAGCGGCAAUCUGAAGCAAGCUGCAGAACUGCUUGGCACCAGCCGCGACAAUGCACGCGACAAUGAAUCGCUGAAGGUGACGUGCCUGCUUGGGAGGCGGCAAAGUUUCAAGAACACCGUGGCCUUCGUUUCCAAAGGAGAUGGAGACCCGGAAGUUCGCAAGCAGUGGUCGCUUCUUAAGCAGGUCCUUCUUUUCCACCUUACCAACCACUAUGCACUGAUCUUCGCGUGGCGUGAGUGGAUGGAGCCGAAUGCCGCCGAGGCCGAGUUCGUCUGCGUGCUCCUGGAUCGGAGAAAAUCCAGCCCUGAGAUGCUGGAGGAGUUGUCUCUGAUGGACGACGAGGCUCAGCCGUUUGUCGCCUGGCUACAGAAGGAGAAGGCGAGUAUUCUGGCAAGGAGGCCGCCCCCGGCGCCGGCCCCCGCAAAAGUGCAGGCGCCUCCGGACAGACCGCCGGGGCAGUUCACGCCGCUGCCGCCCCGCAGCCAUGCAAUGCUAACGCCCAAUGCCGUGACGGCUUCGCUGGAGGAAUCAGGGAAGGCUGGCGACCGCUCUCAAGAUAGAGGACUGGUUGUCAUCACGAACCGCUUGAUUCUCCAGCCGAACACAGGACACGGUGGACACGGUGCACAUACCGAGCAAUCCGGCCACGGCCCUGCCGGACACAGUGGACACCGACAGCCCCAGCCCGAGGUGGUGGAUUGCGAAAGAGUUGCGGCUGCCUCUGCAGCCGAGAAAAAGGCCGAGGAAGCGUACCAGAAAAAGAUGGAGCUGCUCGCAGAGAUGACGAAGGAGCUGCAGGUGAUCAUAAACAAGCUUUCGGAUAAGAGCUUAAGUGACAGCAUGCGGGAGAGGUACCAAGGAUUUGCGCAGACGAUUCAGAAUCGAAUGUCGUCCUUGUCUCGCCCCGCUGCUGCAGAAAAGGCAGAGAAAGCCUAUGCACAAGCAGCUCAGGAGGCGGCAGCGGCCGCUGCGGCUGCGGCCACUGCGGCAGGGGGCAACUCCCCGACAAUGUCAGCGGCUGCCCCACCAAUGCUUCGGACUGGAGCGGUGCCUUCUCUGCCGGGGCCUGCCCUCGCCGAAUCCGGGAGAGCCCCGCCAGCAGAGGCAGUGCCCAUCUGA